UCUUAGAGAGAGACCCUACAAAUAUGGGAAUCAACAAGAAUCAAAAGGGACCCAUAAAAGUCUCCACCACCAAUCAGCUGUGAUCGCUCGCACUCUUAACUAUGAUAUUUGUUAGAUUAACGGCGCGUGUCAUCUUAAUCCCAUCACGUGAACUUUCACACUCAUGGACCCCACUAUUCCCACCUCAGCUUGACCACCACCAGUCCUCCUGGUCGUCAAGAAGAUUAGGCCGUACGCAACAAAAGCUAGAUCUUGUCAGUGAUCCGUGAUCUGGACUCUAAAUUGAGGCCCAUUGGGCUUAACCUGUAACGAAAUACAUUGAUCUCAUCUCAGACCGUACAACAGUCACGUGAUCGAACGGUGAAAAAACACUUUUGUUUACAUUAGGCUUUAAAGCCCAUCAAACCCUAGAAAGGGCCUUGGUAUAAAAGCCCAAACGAAAACGCCUUUCCCGAUCGUCGUCGUCACCUUCCUCUGUUACCAAAAAUAUCCUCGUCGAAGCUCUCUGCUGAAACCAUGUCCGACGAGGAGCAUCAUUUUGAGUCCAGUGACGCCGGAGCUUCCAAAACUUACCCACAACAAGCUGGAACCAUCCGUAAGAAUGGUUACAUCGUCAUCAAAGGUCGUCCCUGCAAGGUUGUUGAGGUUUCAACGUCAAAGACUGGCAAGCAUGGUCAUGCUAAAUGUCAUUUUGUAGCUAUAGAUAUCUUCACCAGCAAGAAACUUGAAGACAUUGUUCCUUCUUCCCACAAUUGUGAUGUUCCUCAUGUCAACCGUACUGAUUAUCAACUGAUUGACAUUUCUGAAGAUGGAUAUGUCAGUUUGUUGACUGACAAUGGUAGCACCAAGGAUGACCUCAAGCUCCCUACUGAUGACACUCUGCUCCAACAGAUCAAGAGUGGGUUUGAUGAUGGAAAAGAUCUAGUGGUGAGUGUGAUGUCAGCUAUGGGAGAGGAACAGAUAAAUGCUCUCAAGGACAUUGGUCCCAAGUGAGACUAACAAAGCCGCUGGUGUACCAACCAACCGUGGCGUUAAUAGGGAGGUCAAUGUUUUAUUAUUAUAAUUUAUGCGACUCUCUCUCACUGUCUGUCUCUGCCCUUUGUUAUAACUUAUGAGCUUCUUCUUCUUCUCUUUCUUUAGGCUUCCGUUACUUAUUGGAGAUUAUCUUGUGUUUGGGUUACUCUUUGUUUUGGAUAUUAAACUUUUGUUUCUAGAA